AUGGUUUGGAUUUGGGCAACAAUUGGGUUGCUUGCCCUUGUUUAUAUCCUGCAAGCAUGGUGGAAGAACAAGAAGAAGAUGUUACCUCCUGGUCCAAGAGGGUUUCCCAUUUUUGGAAGCCUUCACUUGCUAGGGAAGUUCCCCGACAAGGAUCUUCAUCGGCUGGCCCAAAAAUACGGCGACAUCAUGUACAUGCGAUUAGGCCUUAUGCACACCAUUGUUGUCUCAUCUCCACAAGCUGCCGAGCUGUUCCUCAAAACACACGACCUUGUUUUUGCAAGUAGGCCACCACAUGAAGGAGCAAAGCUCAUCUCUUUUGGGCAAAGGAGCUUGGUUUUCUCUGAAUAUGGUGCAUAUUGGCGCGACACGAGGAAGAUGUGCACCCUUGAGUUGCUCAGCAACCACAAAAUCAACUCCUUCAAGUCCAUGAGGAGAGACGCGAUUGCUCUCUGUGUUGAGUCUAUUCGAGCCACUGCCGAUAAUGGACGUGUUGCUGUUGAUCUGAGUGACAAUGUCUCAUCUCUCAGCGUGGUCAUGAGCUGCCGGAUGGUGCUUGGAAAGAUGUAUAGGGAUGAGGAGUUUGAUGCGAGGGGUUUCAG